CCUUCUUCUUCAAAGCUUGCUUUCCAAUUCUCUCUUCGCCUCCUUCCCUCCCCCCUCCCUUUCCUCAAAGGGUGUCGAUUCUGGAGCUUUAAAAUAAGAAGCGAGGAAGAAGCAGCCCGGGGGGGGAGGAAGGCAGGCAGGCAGGCAGGCACGGAUGUGCUCCAGCCGGCGGGGGGAGGCUGCGGGGGCCUCGGAUGCAGAGAACGUGCCAUCCCAUAAACCGCAGGGGCCCUAGGAAGGGCAAGUGUCAACGGGACGUGUGGCCAGCCCUUGGCCAGAAAAAACAGCCACGGUGGGCCAGAACGGCAGAGCAGAACUGCCCAUGCCGGCGGUUUAUGAAGUGGGGAAGCAGUACCCAGAGCCAGAGUACGCGGGGAGACCCCUUCCAAUGUCCCAGCAUGAGACCUCUCCGACAGUACUGCGACGCGCCAGCAACCACCGACGCAACAACCCCUGCUGCUUCUGCUGGUGCUGCUGCUGCAGCUGCUCGUGGAAUGAAGAUCGUGAGCGGGCGUGGAGGGCAUCGCGAGACACCAAACUGGAGCCCAUUCCAAACUGUGAAGCCUGCGCCAAGCCGACGACUGAGGAAGUCAAGGGCUGGUCCCAGUCUUUUGACAAGUUGAUGAAGAACCCAGCCGGCAGGAACGUGUUCCGGGAAUUCUUACGGACUGAGUACAGCGAGGAGAACAUGCUCUUCUGGCUGGCUUGCGAAGAACUCAAAAGCGAGUGCAACAAGCAUGCCAUCGACGAGAAGGCUCGGAUGAUCUACGAAGAUUACAUCUCCAUCCUUUCGCCCAAGGAGGUCAGCCUGGACUCCCGCGUCCGCGAAGGCAUCAACCGCAAGAUGCAGGAGCCGUCCUCGCACACCUUCGACGAUGCACAGCUACAGAUCUACACACUCAUGCAUAGAGACUCCUACCCCCGUUUUCUGAACUCGGCCGUAUACAAAGCACUGCUCCAGAGCGUCUCUCGGUCAUCCUCGGAGUCCUGAGUCCCUUCCACCGCUGCCAUCACUGGGGAGGGUGGGGAGAGAAGCAAAAUACGAAGUGACGGUUCUCCUUUCAUACGGCAGGUGUUAACUUUGGGUUUUUUUAAAUAUAUAUAUAUAUAUGGACCUCCCACUUGGUCUUACAGAACCAAGGGACUUGAAAUGGCAUUCCGGGCCAAAUCCCGUAAAACCGCCUUGGUUCUGAACAACAAGCUGCUGGUCCAACUUACUAGGAAGUUUGCUCCAUGCAAACCUGCCCUGUCUUCUUCUGCCAGAAAGGUGGCACCUGCCGCCACGUGAACCUCAAAACUCAGGCCUCUGCUUUUACUACUGAAUCCGUGUUGGCAAGCUAGCACAUGCUGACCACGCAGAAGAACUAAAGUACGGAAGGAAUCGGCCAACUGGUGCGGGGAGGGGGCGAGAGAAUCCUGGGCAACAUGGCGAAAGAAAGAAAACAGGCCAAAAUCCACAUCUUCUGAAUAUUGUUCUUCCUGUCUUUUUUCUGUUUUGUUCGGAUUUCCCUGUUUAAAAAAAAAAAAAAGAGCUGUUUCCGUG